AUGACCGUAGCCCCCGCGGUAGCCAGCGGUGGCCAUUGUGACAACCAGAAGAGCGACGAGGCUGAAGUGGCGGCCCCCAAGGAACGCCUUCAGUGGCCCGAAGAGCUGGAAAUCGCUGAGGGCGAGGUCCGGACUGCCGAACCACAUGAAGACUGUACCACACUGAAGGCAAAAUGUGUAUUCUGUUCGAAAGUGAUCAGCGCAUGGAAGCAGUCUACCUCAAACUUGAAAGUUCAUCUAAAGAGGGUUCAUCCUUCUGCACACCUUGAGUACGAAGAAAGCAUGAAGGAGAUGCCUUCACUACGAAAACGGGCUCACAAUGAAUCCAGCGAGGCCACCGUGCAUAAGCAGAUGCGCUUGACGGAAUGUACGCGGAUGACAUCCCAAAUAUCAACAGAGAAGUUUGACAAGCUGCUCCUCAACCUUGUCGUGAAAGGCCUGCAUCCACUAAGCUUCGUCGAACAAGAGGAGUUUUGUGCAUUUGUGGAAGGCAUUUGCCCGCAACUUUUCGUUAUGUCCCGGAGAACCCUGGGCAGGCGCAUCGAUGCCGCUCACGGUGAAAUGUUCCGUCAGACAAGAGAUAGUAUGGAAAGCCAGGAAUACAUAUGUCUUACUGCUGAUAUCUGGUCGACGUCGACAAAGAGUUAUAUGGGCGUCACAGCGCAUUGGAUUGCCUGUGACAUCUUGGAACGCAGAUCGGCAGCGCUGGCAUGCAGGAGGUUUGCUGGUAAGCACUCCUAUGACCGCGUCACUGAAAUUUUGAGCGACAUUUGUUUUGACUUCAAGCUCUCGGUGGACAAAAUAGUGGGGACAGUUACCGAUAACGGCUCCAACUUUGUGAAAGCAUUUAAGGAGUGCGGAGCGCAAGACGACAGAGAUGACGGGUGCGACGCAGACUGCGAAUUUCUCCCCAUCGGCUACUCUGGUUCCGUCCUUUCUAAGCAUAUUCGAUGCGCAUGCCACACGCUGAGCCUGAUUGGAACAACCGAUGCGAAACGCGGCAUAUCUCAAAACGCGUCAUGUGAACGGUGUCACACAGCAAUCAUCUCUAAAUGCUCAAAAUACUGGAAUGCCUCCAAGCGUCCAAAAUCAGCAGAAAUUGUGCAAGCCAUCUUGGGGCAGCAGCUCAUCACUCCCUGCGUAACGAGGUGGAACUCCUUUUUCGACGCCAUGAAGCGCAUCUUGCAUCACAAGGCGAAACUGCCGGCUCUGUCGGACGCACUGGAGCUGCCCCAACUUAACGACAUUGAAUUGGCAUUCUUGGAAGACUACUGCAAGGUUCUGGAACCAAUAUCUGUCGCGUUAGAUCGCCUGCAAGGCAGCAAGUCUAGCUUUUAUGGAGAGCUCCUUCCCACCCUGUUGGCCGUGAGAACCAAACUGAAAGCUGCCAGCGACAGUAUAAGGGACAAGACCCUCUUCAGCAUUGCCAGUGCUGUAGCGGAUGGCUUGGAGCGACGGUUUGAGGACAUUCUCGCGUUCAACGACGAGCACGCACUCAUCGCAACAGCUUCACAUCCAUAUUUCAAAGCGCGAUGGCUACCCCCCGGUGCACCCUGCGACCUGGAAAAUUUGCUUCUAAAAGCCAUUGAAGACACUGGGACAGUUGCUGCCGAUUCCCAGUUGGCAGCGUACGUCGGCGCUGACGACUUCUUCGAUUUCACGCCUUCUCCUGGGGAAACUUCAACAGCUGCAUCGUCGAUGUGCCAGGCAAAAUUGGAAGUACUCAAGUAUUUGGACGACAAACGGGUCAACCUAUCCAUGCUCCAUGACUAUCCUUCCGUAAAACGUGUCUUCCUGCGGUACAACACUAACUUGUGUUCAUCGGCCCCCGUUGAAAGACUCUUCCCCUUCGCCAGCCUCCUUUUGCGACCCAACCGACGCUCACUAGAGGAUAGUCUCUUUGAACAAAUGCUACUGUUAAAGUGUAACAGCCUGAAAUAA